CCAACAGGCCCUUUCUCGUGUCUGCUUCCCCGACUUCGGAUAUCCUUUAUCAGAUCUCUCUUCUGGCCUGGUCACGGUACCGAUACUGCCAUAUCCAGCCCUCUCUUUCGACAUAGGGCCUGCUGGGUUCUGCACAUACCGCAGAGAUUUCAUACGAGCACUUGACUGUCGCUUGUAUCCCGCCAAAAAGCACUGUUGCUGACUCGUACAGCCAACAACGCCGGCUGCGCCCUCGUCACGACCUUUAGCGAGACAUCCUACGAAAGUCGACGACACCCCUCCGCAUUGGAGACGUACACCGUUCGAUCGAGCGUAUCAUGCUGGCAUAUAUGAAAAUUUACAAGAACAUACUCCGGUGACGCAUAUACGCAUCCACAUACACAUACACAUACCCAUACCCAUACCCAUAGACCCUCGUCAAUCAUGCGGCACGACGUCGAGACCCGACCGGGCAAGCCUCCGCCACCCCCAUCAUGGGCCUCGAUACCGAACAAAUUCCAACUCUUUAUAAUAUGCUCCGUGCGGGUGGUUGAUUUCUUCCAACAGGCCGCCCUGCAGGCGUAUAUGUUUUAUCAACUCAAGUCAUUCUCGCCCUCGGCGCCGGACAGCCAGAUAUCUUUCGAGGCCGGCGUGUUGCAGGGUGUUUUCACAGCCGCCCAGGUGUUUACAGGCAUCCUAUGGGGGCGGGUGGCUGAUUCUCCGUCGUUUGGGAGAAAGACUGUGCUUCUGAUCGGGCUGACGGGACAAGGGUUGAGCUGUAUCGGCGUGGCAUUCUCAAGAAGUUUCGCGGCGGCCGUGGUCUGGAGAUGUCUGGGGGGUGCCAUCAACGCAACAGUGGGAGGAGCAAGGACCGCAUUGGCAGAGAGUACCGAGAAAAAAUACCAUUCAAGGACAUUCCUGCUACUGCCUCUGGCAUGGAACAUUGCCAACAUUUUUGGCCCGCUGUUUGGCGGCAUGCUCUCCGACCCGGUACACAACUACCCUGGUCUUUUUGGCGAAAACUCGACCUUUGGCGGAGCCCAUGGAGUCUCAUGGCUGACGACGUUCCCGUACGCGGCGCCCAAUCUGUUUUGCGCGCUCGUGCUCUUCGUCGACGCACUGCUCGUUUGGAUGGGUCUGCGAGAAACGCUGGGUUCCCGUAAAUACAACCGAGACCGAGGCAUCGAGCUCGCCGAAAACAUCACCUACCGCAUCCGCACCAUGGUCUUCCAGCGCUUCGGAUACAGCCAGCUGGGACAAGCAGACGCGGCGGCUGGGCCAGAUACGGUGGACGACGAAAACAUGCCCUCGAGCACGCCCCUGGAGACACUGCCGCCCAAGGAAGGCGACAGCAGCAAUCCCGCGGCAACCUCGUCAAAGGCACCUCCCAGGCCGUCCGAGCCUCCCAAAUCCGCCCCUCCGUUCUACCACGCCAUCACUUCCAACGUCCUCCUGGUGCUGGCAACCGUCGCCAUUAUGGAUUUCCAGAUGGGUGGCUUCGCCUCCCUGUGGACCAUCUUCCUUUCCUCCGCCCGAGCCACCGACGAAGAGAAGGCCACCAUCCACCUGCCUUUCGUCUUCACGGGUGGGCUGCAAUUUAGUCUCCCCACGAUCGGUCUGGCCAUGUCGAUUCUGGGCUUUGUCGGGAUCAUCCUACAAUUGACCCUGUAUCCGAGCAUCAAUGCACGAUUCGGCCUCCUGCGCUCCACGCGCUGGUCCCUCUUCGUGUUCCCCGUCGCCUACGCCCUGGCACCGUACUUGUCGCUGCUCAUCUCUCACCCGUUCCUGCUCUGGAUCGGCAUCGUCAUCGUCGUGGUGCUCCAGGUCGCCGCGCGAACCUUUGCGAUCCCCGGCUCGGUCCUGCUGAUCAACAACUCCAGUCCCAGCCCCGCGAUGCUGGGCACCAUCCACGGCAUGGGCGCUGCGACGUCCAGUGCGUUCAGGACCAUUGGGCCCAUUGUCGCGGGCCACUGGUACGGCCAGGGGCUGGAGAAGGGGGUUGUCGGCUGGGCGUGGUGGUGGUUGGCAUUGGUGAGCCUUUUCGGCGUGGUGCCCAGCUUCUGGGCCAGGGAUGGGAGGUAGUGAGAAAGAAAGGAGCGUUGGUCUGCUCAAUUUUUACUGACCCGAACCAAAAAUAGCCCCUGUUGGGGCUUGAUACAUUAGACUAAUUAAUGAUGGAAUGGUCAUUCUCUGGGAAUGUCGUAUAUAUCGAGGUAUAUGCGGGUAUAUGGUCUUGGAGCAGCGGACGUUGUGAUCGACAAGUGCAUGCAUUAUAUAUAUAUAUAUAUAUAUAUUAUAUAUACGUUCGAACAAAGAUAGGCAUUACAUUAACAAAG